AUGAAGUUCACGCUCUCCGAAUGGAUAAUUCUGGCCGUGGUCGGGUCUGUGCACUUUUGUUGCGCCAUUUGCAUAUCGCUGCAAGCGCCUUUUUAUCCCGAAGAAGCUGAGAAGAAAGGAUGUUCGGCUACAGAAUACGGCUUCGUUUUUGGAAGUUUCGAACUGGUAGCAUUCAUAACUUCGCCAGUUUUUGGAAGCCUGAUACAAAAGGUCGGGCUGAAAUAUAUGUUGGUAAUUGGAAUCGUAUUGAACGCUUUGUCGACCAUAGCUUUCGGAUAUUUGACGUACAUCAACGAAAGAAACUUGUUCUUGCUGCUGUCGCUAUUCCUUAGGGUGUUGGAGUCUUUGGGUGCAACAGGCGCAAUGGUGGCCGCGUUCUCGCUAACGGCCGUCUCUUUCCCAGAAUCAGUUGCCAGCACUUUCUCCGCUCUCGAAGUAUGUUAUGGAAUGGGUUAUAUCGUUGGACCAACACUCGGUGCUUUGCUGUUCGAGGUCGGUGGAUUUUCACUGCCGUUUGUGGUCAUGGGCGUCAUCACACUUGGAACGUCGUUCUUGGUGUGUAUUUUAAUGAAACAAGACGUGCCCAGUCCGAACAAGGCUAAAACUAAAGUAACACACCUCAUGAGCGUUCCUACAGUACUCGUAAAUUCAAUCGCAACAGUGAUAACUGCAACAGCUAUGGGAUACUAUUCAGCCACGUUAGAGCCACACAUUCGCGGGUUUGGACUUUCAUCUGUAGACGUCGGAUUCGUGUUCAUCAUCAGCGGUGGAACGUACGCACUGAUAGCGCCAGUCAUCGGAUACGUUUGCGACACCGGAUUGAAUCCCAAAAAAAUUAUGAUCGUUGGAACAAUCCUAACAGUCAUCAGCUACUCCAUAGUCGGACCAGCUCCAUUCGUUCCAUUACAAAAAUCUAUGCUGUUGGUGGUCAUUGGAUUGGUCAUACAAGGAGUGGCGUUAGGCAUGAUCUGCGUACCCACUUUCGUCGAUUCUAUGACCGCUGCCUUCGACAGCGGUUUUCCAAACGACAUACACACUUACGGACUGUUGUCCGGUAUCUGGUCAUCGUCGUUCGCCCUGGGCGCAUUUUUGGGCCCAUCGAUAGCUGGCGUUCUGUACGACUUGGUCGGGUUCGAAAAGGGCACGUACUUUGAGAUUUCGUUACACAUCGUAUUGGGCAUCGCGCUGCUGUUGUUCGUGUGUCUGGACCGGCGGCCGUCCGACAAGUUCGUGGUGAACGGCAUGACCGAGUCAACCGUGGGAUUCGCGGGGCGCGCGGACGUGGCCGACCGGACCAGCGCGGCGCCGGUGCCUGGCGCCGCGCUCAAGUCGCCCGUCUACACCAUCAACGGGCACCACCAAUCGUUCCGGUCCAGCCACCGAUUCGGUUCGACCUACGGCAGCUUCAGCAAUUCGUGCCUGGGCACGUCCCUGUCGUCGAUGCGCAUCAGCAACGAGGCCAGGACCGAGGCCCGGGGCAGCCCGCUGGCCGUCGAAUCCCGAAUCUAGACCGCCGCCCACCACUGUAUUAUAACGACAGCGACGGCGAUGGUGGUGAACUCGAUGACAGCCGUCGUCGUCGUCGUCAUAACACAACGAUAACGAUGCAGAGCAACAACCCCGUCAUCCCCUAGACCCCAUCACCGCCCACACUAUUUACCUUACACAUUAUGAUAACGACGUUAUUAGAUCAGCAGACUUACUACCCCUAUAUAUAUAUAUAUACAUAUAUAUCUGUGAGCGUGUAUUUUCGUUAUAAUACAGCUUGUCGUAAUUCCGCCUGCCCCCUACCCUCCCCACAUCUCCCACAACCGCCAAUUCGCCUAUAUUAAGCCGCCAAUAAUGCAGUGUUGACCGACUGAAAAAUCGUAUCUCACGUCGGCGGUGAUGUAUAUAUAUAUACAUAUUGUCAUCACUGCAUAUCAGUCUAACGGUACACACUAUAAUAUUGUUCGUUUGAGUUUUUACACAUACUAUCAUAACCGUGUGUGUGGUGUAUUUUAUUGAUUUUUAUCCAUGUCUUAUACGCAGAUGAUUUUUAUUUUUCAUCUCUCUCGCUGUCUCUCUGUCUCUCUAUAUUUCUCGCUGUUAAACCCGUCCGUCGUAUACGAAUAUUCGUGCCAAUAAUAAUAAUUAUAUACCUAAUGUACGUUAUUAUUAUUUCAGGUAUCGUUUUAUUCGUAUAUGAUAAUAUAUAUAUAUAUAUAUAUAUUUUAAAGAAAACAGAUAUAUGAUAUUUUUCUUUCGAGUAUUGGUAACAUAUUUUUUUUUAUUAUUAUUAUUCAUGAGCAACCGCCAGUCAUGUUCACACCGCCAAUAAGUAUAUGAUAAUAUCGUAUUGAUAUCAGCUGCGAUGUUUCUUACGUAUAGAAAAUAAUAUAAACACACGUAUCGAUUUCCUAAAUGAGUUUGUUCAGUUUUUUUUUUUUUCUUAAUGUAGAGCUUAAUCUUAUAAUAUUUUUAUCAUUAUACCGAUGAUGAACGUUUACUUGGUGACACGAUUGCCACGACCACAGUCGACGACAAGUAGUGCGUUUUAUUUUUUGUUUAUACUCUACAAAAUACUAUUAUAGCAAUGCGCCACCACAGACACGGGUCAACCUCGUACACGACGAACACUGGUAUAGUAAUGAUAUGUUUAUAUAAUUAACACACGCGUAUAUAUAGAGAUAGUGAUUUUAUUGAUAAAUUAUUAUUAUUAUAUUACUGCGUUUUGACGGGAUUCCCAUAAUAUUAUUAUUAUUUGUAACACGCUAUAUAAGAAUGUAUACGUACGUAGUACUAUUGUAACCAGUUAUUUCAGUGUAUGUAAAUAGUAUAAUAUAAUAUAGAUACAUAAUAA